AUGAACAUUCAGUUCCACUGUUCGUAUGGCCCGAAGUUCUACAAAUCGGCGAUUAAAUCGUGUUGUCGAUUCAACUACGAUGAAGUCCAGGAUGUAUUAGAUGGGAAGCAUCUGGAGCAACGACCACCGGUGACUGAUGGUCACACUUGGGAGGAUGUAGAAAACGAUCUUCAUCUCCUUUACGAAGUCUGUCAUAAAGUUCGUGUGAACCGUUUCGAGGAUGGCUCGGUGAGAAUCGACAAGCAUAAGCUUCUGUUCAAAAUCGACCCAGAGACUAAUCUGCCUAUCGGGUACGGUCUGGAAUCGCACACACCUAGUCACUGGCUCAUCGAAGAGUUGAUGCUUGCUGCCAACCGUUGUGUUGCUACUGCUAUCGCUAAUAACAAGGAUGAACAGAUGAGUGAUAUGGCUGUACUGCGUCACCAUGACAGACCAAUUAAAGAGGGUUUCGAGAAGAUCACAAAGUUGCUGAUCGAAGACUUAGGUGUAUCCAAGGCGAUAUGGUGUGCUGGCGAUGGUGGGGAUAGCGGUCUGGUGUUCAAGGCAUUGACUAAUGUUAAGAAGGAGCUCACGCCUGGGGCUGGUCUAGCGAUAGAGAACAUGGUCAUGAAGACUAUGCGUCCAGCAGAGUAUGGUAUACAAGGGUCGGAUGGUCGUAGCGUGUCUCACUAUGCUCUGGCAUUCCCCCUGUAUACUCACUUCACGUCGCCCAUCCGUCGAUAUGCUGAUGUUAUGGUGCAUCGUCAGCUGCAGAUCCUCUUGCAACCAAGCGCUAAGAAAACGUUGAAGAUGACCGCCCAGGAACAUGAAGCGCAAUGCGAAGAGUGCAACAAGAUGAAGAAGGCCAGUCGUGAGGCUCAAACCAAGUUUGAUGUUACUUUCUUCUGUAUUUAUCUCCGCACGAGAGACAGUCUUCACUAUACUACUGGCACUGUCGUUGCUAUCAAAGAGAAUAGCUUGUCUGUUUACAUCCCCAAAUUCGUCAAGGAAUGUCAAGUAUACUACAAUGUGACUUUGCCUUUCUAUAAGGGGCAACAGAAUCCCAACAUGGCGCAGGAGCUGAGUUUAUUAACGAAGCCCGCGUCAGUAUCUUACAGGGCUGGCCAGGUCGUUUACGACUGGGAUCAUCCAAAUGAUGAGCGUCGGGGCCGUCAAGUGACUGUGCGACUUUUCUCAGCGAUACCAGUGGCCAUUGUUCCGACCGACACGGUGCCGGUGGACUUCGUCGCUGUGGCGCUGUCUCCAUUCCACCCCCAGUACAAUAAGUUGUAUGAUGCUUCGAGUGCCGAGGGCUUCCCGCAGCAUAUCACUGAUGGCAACAACUCUGCCAUUGAGUCUCUUCAACAUUGAGUUCAUCCCUCGUGUUGUAGUUGACGAGACUUGUUCUAUCA